CCGCGUUUUGGGUUGUAAAUAAACUUUGAAAAUGCACGCGGUUACUGCUUGGCGAUGGGGAAGCGGAGUGCCGGGAAGAAUGCUGAAAGCAAGCCAGAAGCGCUCCUUGGUGCUGUCCUUACGGUAAGACUUCUUAUGUUUGAAGAUGCCGCUCUUCGGGAAAAUAAUUGUAAUUAAACGGAAUGGGACUGAUGGAAUUCACUUUCCACUCACUGCAAGUUCUUGUUUAUUUGGAAGGAGAACAGAAUGUGACAUCCGCAUCCAGUUGCCUCAGGUCUCGAAAGAACAUUGUAAAAUUGAAGUAAAUGAAAACGAGGAGGCAAUCUUGACAAAUUUAAGUACAGUAAAUCCUACACAGCUGAACGGUAGCUGUUUUCAGCAACCUGUACCUCUGAAGCACGGAGAUGUGUUAACUAUUAUUGAUCGUUCUUUCAGGUUUGAAUAUCCUCUCCAAUCAACUCCAAGAAAGAGGCGUUCCAGAUCUCUGAAAGAUGAAACGCGGCAGGUUCUUCAUGUUCAGCAGGUGGCAGAAGUGGAGUUAUUACAUAAGCAAACUUCAGGAUCUAAAAGAUCUUCAGAUCAUUCUGAGUGCGAAGAACAAAAUGCUGAUGAAAAUAAACAAAGUACAGAGGAAAAUAUGUCCAAAGCCUUACCAGUUAAGCUACAAACACCCAAAUCUUCAUAUAAGACAAAACAAUCUAUUAAAAAGGAAAAUGAAAUGUCUCCAUUUAGUAGACUCUAUGAAACACUGAAACAUGAGAUUAAAGUGAAAAAAACUCUGCAAGAAGGAAAUGUACCUGAAAAAGCUGAAAAAGAAGGUGGUAAGGGUGCUCUGCAAGAACCAAGUGCUCGAAUUGCAUCAAAUUGUGAUCUUGUAAGCCCGGCUGAAGAAAAAGAAAUAGGCAUAAGUGAAAAUAAUGAAGAAUAUAAGAUGAAACAAGAAGUAAUUAGUUCAGAAUUUAAUCAAAUCUCAACAGUAGGAAGUGCUACCAAGAAAUGUUUUACCAGAAGUCCACAAACUUCUGUUUCAAAGGAGGUGACAAAAGGUAUUGGUAAGAGAAGUAACUUGCAAGAUCAUAAGGAAGUAAGUACGCCAGGUAAAUCUAAAGGCACUGAAGUUACAGCCAAAACACCCAAACCCAGUAAGGAGAAUGACAGCAAUGCAGCAUGUUUGGUGCAGCCAUGCUCCAUAGAACGCUUGGGUUAUGUGGAUGAGGUGAAAAUCUACAACUCUGCAAUAACAGCAGAGAAAAUAGCACAAACAACAAACAUGACAAAGGUUUCUGAAGUAGAUAAACAUGUGUCUACACCAACCCCCAGAAGGAAGAGUCCUCGAUCUUGUUUCACGUCACCUACCAAAGAAGCUACUGGGGUGGAUUCUGUAAAUAUUGGUACUCCAACGACUCGAGGAGGUGUGUCGUUGGAACGUAAGUCUUUUUCAGAAAUUUCAGCUGAAAUUCAAAGAGAAGAUUCAGUGUGCAGAAAUGAUAGCCUCCAACAACUGCCUUUGGCAGAAAAUAAAUGCUUAAAACAGAGACGAAAUAGUAAACAACAUACGCCAAGAAAAUCAGCGGAAGUAGAAGUGCUGAAAGAAAUCUGUGAUCAGACAAAUGUAGACUCAAAAAAGAGAGAUUCUGAGUCUCCUGCUUCUAAUUCCAAGAGUCCCAGAAGAAAUGUCAGACAAAGUAAAGAAUUUGUAAACAAAAGCAUCCAUUCAGAGACACCAACUUCAGGAGAGUUAAAAUCAGAACUGGCAUCUCCUGCUAGUGAGAAAUCUGGCUCUGGAAGAAAAAGGGGUACGCCAAGGACCUCUGAACUGCGAACUGAGAAAGCAUUGGAGACAAAUGCAGUUAAAGAACACCACAAUAAGACUGUAGACAGUCAGGACAGUGGAACUCAACAAGAUCUGGCCACCAAUGAGCGUAAUCGGAAAUCAGAUUUGGAAAAUGCCAGUGUUCCAAGACCUCAUAGAUUCUCGUCAAAAAGAAGGUCUUCUGGAAGUGCUAAUGUACUGGAAGGCAACGAGGCUGUUUCAGAAAUGAGUGUUUCUGGCCUGUUGGCUGAAGAAGAAUCAGGCAAGACAAAAAGAGUAUCUCAGAAGAGGAAGAGCAGUGAUCUGUUACCUCAGCCUUUAGGAAAGACAAAAAGAGUGUCUUUUGGUGGUCAUCUAAGUCCAGAACUCUUUGACAAAAGUUUGCCUCCCAACUCGCCCCUUAAAAGAGGUGCGAUUCCUGCAAGACUGAGCUUACCAUUUGGAGACUCCCCACGUGCAGUGCUGAAAAAGGCUCAGGGGCUGAAGCACUUUGCAGUCCAGGAACUUUCUGUACGUUUGCAAAAAGAAAAAAUGUCACCAAAAAAUUUGCCAGCCCAGACGCCUCCAGCUGCCUCUUCCCCUGACUCUGGAAAAGCAACACCAGAGCUUACUACAAGCUCUCCAGCACCUUACACAAAAGGACGUUUUUCUGUUUCGCUCAUCACAACACCAUCGCCAAUUGCAGAAGAGCAGAACGGUGUUGAAAAAGAUAUGAAUACAGAGGAGAAGAGUGGUGGCCAAGUGCAAACACCUACAUCUAAUCAUGUUAGCCAAGAUGAUAACACCUUAAUGGCAACACCUAACAAGUUAACAAAAAGUUCACAACGUAAUUCGAAGAAGACUCCCAUGAAGAGGAGAAGUGGUGCUGUAGCAGUUAUCAAUACAAAAAGAAGAAGUGGUGCCUCUACUGCCAAUUUACUAGUUGCAAAAUCUUGGGCAGAAGUGGUAAAACUAGGUGUUGCGAGACCACAGGCAAAGGCUGUUAAAAAACGUACCCAAAAAGGAAGACCAGUGAAGAAGAUAACAGAGUCACCAAAGACUCCAGAAAGAAAAAUAAAAGGUCAUUUUAGCACAGGUCAUGCAGAGUCUCCCGCUACAAUAGUUGUAGGUAGAGCUUACUCUACCACCGUCAGAAUGGCUGGAAAGGUCCCUAAAGUGGUGAAAAAUCCGAUCUUGAAACAAAACUUGAAUAUGGAUGAAAGCUUCACAGGACUGGGUGAGAUGUUUAAAACUCCAGAAAAUGAGAGUGGAAAAAGAUCACCUUCGAGCCCUGUUCAUAAUAGUGAUUUUACACCAACGUGCACUGCAGCGGACGUUUCUGAACUGCAUACUCCCGAAGAAUCUGGAGAGAUGAUGGUGUCACCAUUAAAUACUCCAGAUGCUUCAGAACAGAAACUUGAUUGUCAAGACAUCUCAUAUCUUCUGAGAGAGAAGGAAUCUCCAAAGUCUGUGUUUGACAUAAUAUCCACCAAAACUCCUGAAAGAAGAAAAGCUGUGCUGGAAGAAGAUCUUGAUGUGGAUAGUGUGUCAAUAAUUGCAGAGAAACAAGCAUCUCAGGUGAAAUUGGCAAGUAAAAGGAAAACUCCAGAUCAGAAGUUGGAGUCAGUUGAGGUUGUGUCAGGCAUCAAGCAGCUAUUAAGGACCCCAAAGAAAAAGUCAGAACCUGCAGAGGUCCUGUCAGGCAUCAAGCGGCUUAUGAAGACCCCAAAGCAGAAACCAGAGCCUGUAGAGGCCCUGUCAGGCAUCAAGCAGCUCGUGGAGACCCCAAAGCAGAAACCAGAGCCUGUAGAGGCCCUGUCAGGCAUCAAGCAGCUCGUGGAGACCCCGAAGAAGAAACCGAAGCUAGCUGAGGUCCUGUCGGGCAUCAAGCGGCUUAUGAAGACCCCGAAGAAGAAACCAGAGCCUGUAGAGGCCCUGUCAGGCAUCAAGCAGCUCAUGGGGACCCCAGAGCAGAAACCAGAGCCUGUAGAGGCCCUGUCAGGCAUCAAGCAGCUCAUGGAGACCCCAGAGCAGAAACCAGAGCCUGUAGAGGCCCUGUCAGGCAUCAAGCAGCUCAUGGAGACCCCAGAGCAGAAACCAGAGCCAGCUGAGGCCCUGUCAGGCAUCAAGCAGCUCAUGGAGACCCCAGAGCAGAAACCAGAGCCAGCUGAGGCCCUGUCAGGCAUCAAGCAGCUCAUGGAGACCCCAAAGCAGAAACCAGAGCCAGCUGAGGCCCUGUCAGGCAUCAAGCAGCUCAUGGAGACCCCAAAGCAGAAACCAGAGCCAGCUGAGGCCCUGUCAGGCAUCAAGCAGCUCAUGGAGACCCCAAAGCAGAAACCAGAGCCAGCUGAGGCCCUGUCAGGCAUCAAGCAGCUCAUGGAGACCCCAAAGCAGAAACCAGAGCCUGUAGAGGCCCUGUCAGGCAUCAAGCAGCUCAUGGAGACCCCAAAGCAGAAACCAGAGCCAGCUGAGGCCCUGUCAGGCAUCAAGCAGCUCAUGGAGACCCCAAAGCAGAAACCAGAGCCAGCUGAGGCCCUGUCAGGCAUCAAGCAGCUCAUGGAGACCCCAGAAGAAAAGCUGGAGCCAGCUGAGGUCCUAUCAGGCAUCAAGCAGCUCACAAGGACCCCACAGCAAAAGUUGGAACCUAUUACAGAUGAAAAUGCCUUACAAAAAUUGCUGAAGGCUCCAGUACAAAAAAAGGAGGUAGUAAAAGAUGUCACAGGAGUUAAUUUAAUCCCAAAAAAUCCAAAAUUGGAACAUCAACCAGUAGAAGACAUGGUUGGGGUCAGCCGUAUUUUCAAAACUCCAAAGGAAAAAGUUGAACCCAUAGAAGAUAUGUUUGGAAUUAGUAGAUUAGUGCAGACUCCAAGAGAGAAAUAUCAUCCAGUUGAUGACUUUGUGGGUCUGAAGAGGCUUAUGGCAGAACCCAGACAGAAAAAUUCUGAUUCUGAAGUGGAUUAUGUUGGAGUUAAGGAAAUGUUUGGUGAGGAGACAAAGGUCAGGUCAGAAAAUGUUACGGAUCCUAAGCAAGAAGAUGCUGUGCCUCCUUGUGCUAAUGACAGUCGUGACUAUGGGGGGAAUAAAACUGUUUUAGAAGACACAGGAAAUACUUCACAAGGUAAAGAUUCUCAACAGAAUUUGUCAACUACUGAAGACCGCUCUACCCAGCGACUAACAAGGGGCAGAUCAAGGAAGACUGCACAUCCAACUUCAAUAAAGCAGUGUGAAAAGGAUUUAAAUUUAAAAGAACUGCAAGGUCUGGAGAAAAAGAGCAUCCAAGAAGAGAUGGGAGAGAUCAGUACUUCAACUUCAAUAGCUAAAAAUACAGGAAGAAGAAAGAGAACAAAUCCUUGCAUGGAAAAAGAAAUUGUUUCAAAGCAUCCUGAUGAGAAAACAGUUGAAACUGUUUCACUUGUGGAAACGCAAGUUGAUACUCAAAGACCAAGAAGAGGCAAAACUAAAGAACCAAAGGAGUUAAAACAUCCUAGUGAGGAUCUUGAGUCUUGUGAAAAAGGUUCUUCAGUGCUACAAAAAGAUCCUGCAAAUAGGAAACAGACUUUGCAGGAGUAUGACAUCAAUGACACAUCUGUAACUGAAGAUGAUCAAAGCAGAAAGACAGAAAGCGUAUCUAGUAGCAGUCAGGAUGAAAAUUAUCAACUGCAAACAGAUUUAAAAAAAUCUGAAAACACAUCUGACAAAGGUAGUGUAGAAGACAGGAAAGAAAUUCUUCUAUUGCAUCAGAAGAGGUCUAGAGGAAUGAAAAAUAUAGAAAACACAGAAGCACUGGUUCCACGUAAAAGAGGAAGAAGAGCUAGGAAAGAACAGGUUGAACAAGCUUCUUCAGAGGAGCUUCAUGGGACAACAAGGAAACUUCGUAAAGACCAAUCAGCAAAAUUACUACAAGGUGAUGAGUGGACUUCUGAGACUGUCCCCACAGAGGAAUCUGAAAACAGAACUAAACUUGAAGUAAAGAUAACAGAAAAAAGAGGCAAGUCUUCAAGAAAUGCUAGAAAACACCCAACGGAAGUAAAAGCAGAUGUUUGCGGGAUGGCAUUUGAAAAUACACAGAAUGUUCAGAAAGCAAAGGAAACUUCAAACGAAACUGUUACCGAAACACAAUCACCCACCAAAAAUGAGAGGAAAGUAUCUCUGGGAGAUGAAGCAGAAAGUGCUCAGGAAAAUACAACAAAGUCAUCUCAAAGAUUAAAGUCAGAAUCACCUUCUGGAGAGACAGAUAAAAUGCCAAUUACUGUUCUGAACUUGGAAUCAAACAGAAGCUCAGUACAAGAAGCAAACAGAACUAGAAACAGGAGAGGGAAAAAAGACUCUUCAGAGAAAAAGGCUGAUGAAUUUGCCCAGGAUGUAAACAGCCUAGAUCUUAUGCCCAAAUGUAGGUCAGAAACAGAGGAAUCUUCUCCCAAAGACUCUUCAGCCUCUAGUUGUGUCAAGCAGUCACACCAAGUAAUGAAAGACCAGAACAACACAGCUGACACAUCAGUAACUACUCUAAACAGCAACGGUGUUGCUCAGAGCCGUCAAAAACGGACAAGAAAUGAGCAGGAAGCAAAUGAACCAAAGCAAACUGAAAUCCUGCAAGAGAAUCAAACACAAAAUAACAGAACUACACAUAGAAGAGUUAGAGGUAGAAAAGUUAAUUUUAGACUUGAAGAAGCCAGUUCUGAAGCUCUAGGAGAAGAAAGGAAUUUACCUGGGAAUGAGGAAGGAAUGACUUGCAAACGUGAUCAACAUGAGGCUUCAGAAAAUCCUGUACAAGUAAGGAGGAGCAAAAGAAGGCACGUUGAUUCCAUUCCACAAGCAACUUGUUCUACCUUUACGAAGAAGGAAACCUUAAUUAAAGAUCAUAGUAAAGAUGAGACUUUUGCAAAAGAUCAAGAUCCAGCUUUGGAAGCUAUUCCCUCUUCAACAGAAGAGGUUCCACUGAGAGGACGAAGAAGGCGAGAGGUUGCUGUAGCAUCACAAACAGUGAGUUCUCUUUCUAUCAGAAAAAAACGUAGGUUGCUAGAAGGUGAUGAUAAAAAGAUGACUGUGAAAGAAGAUCAAAAUCCAGCAUUGGGAAAUAACGCUUUGCAGGCAAAAGCAAAUGCAUCAGCAAGGGACAAAAGAAAAGAGAUUGAUCUAGCAGCAGAGGCAAAAAGUUCAGCUUCUCUCCGGAGAAAACGUGGCUUGUCAGAAACUGAUGAUAAAGAGGAGAGUACUAAUGAAGAACAAAACAUGCUUUUGGAAUCAGUGUCCUGUGCAAAAGAAAAGCCAUUAGGAAGGGGCAGAAGGAAAGAAACUCCUCCAGUGUCACACACAACUAAUUCCAUUUCUCUUAGAAGAAAACGUGGUUUGCCAGCAGAUAAUGGUAGAGAAGAGGCUCCUAAAGAUCAAAAUGUUCCAGAAGAUGAACCGAAAAGAGGCAGAAGGAGUGAAGCUGCCAUCUUGUUAGAAGCCACAAGUUCUACUUCUGCUCAGGGAAAACGUAACUUAUCAAAAGAAAGUAGCAGAAAGAAUAAUCGUAGGGAAGCUAAAAAAAUGAUUUCUGAAAAACCCUCUUCCGAAGAAAAAAUCAAUCUUUCAAAAGGGUACUCAGGGAAAAAGAUUAGUAUCGCUUCACUGGCUGUUAGUUCUAGUUCACUUCAAGGUUUGCCAGAAGAUGGUGAGAAUGAAACUCCUGAAGAGCAACAGGGUAUACUUUUGGAAGUAACCCAAUCAGCAAAAGAAAAUCCAUCGAAAGCAGGCAGAAGGAAAAGAGUUCCUUCCAAAUCUGAAGAAACUAGUUCAACUUUUCUCAGGGAAAAGCCUGUCUUGCCUGAAGACAGAGCUCAAAAAGGAGUUCCUAAAGAAGGUGAAGGUACAGCUCUGGAAAAUAAUUUAUCCCAGGAGAAACAUAGGCAACUGAGAAAUAAAAUGAAAAAUGUACAAUUCAAAUCAGAGGCAGCUACUUCUACUUCUCUUCACGAUAAUGGCAGCUCGCCUGAAAAUGGCAACACUUCGGAAACUCAGUGUGUGAUAUCCACUCGUUCUGAAGGAAAUAACCAGUCUGGAAAAGGAAAAGAGGUUAACCGUACCCAGCAGACAACUUCCACUUCUCGCAGAAGAAAAUGUCUGUUGCCAGCAGAUGACUUACCACCCAAAAAAUUAAAAUCAGAGAACAAUGAAAACGGAUCGCCAAAAAAAGGAAAAAGAAACAAAACUGAAGAAAAACUUGAAGGCGAUGUGAAGACAACUCAGACUGCUGGAGGGACUAACAGGACAACAAGAUCAAGCACAAGAGCAAGUGCAAGAAUGAGAAAAUAGACGUAACAGUUGAGGAACCAGUUUUUAGAAUGAUUCAGUAAUUGAAAUUGGAAUUUUUAAUGUGAAUUAACUUGCACUCAGAUUUUAAGUUCAGAGUUUGUAAAGCAGUCGCUGAUGAUAUUAUCAAAGUACCUUUCUUAAUGUGUUUACAGAUAUGACGAUGCAUGUUUUAGUAGAUAUGUGUAUUGGUUCCUAAGCCAUGCGAUGCUUGUGCAGAAUGGCAAGCAAAAAAAUAAAUCUUUUAUACUCGUAUUUAUCCCCUUUUUUAUGGUAAUGAGUACAGUAGUUAGGAAGCCAUGUUACUUUACUGCCAGUUUAAUUGUAAGCUAUUUUCUGCUUAAAUUUUAUGUGCUUAAGUCUUAUUUUUUCAUUAAAGUUCUGUAAAUAUUCUUUUAAAAACUAUAGAUUUAUUAGCAGAACUACUAUGAAUGAAAUUGCUAUUUUUAAAAAAAAGUCGUUUUACUGAGUACAGAUUUGUAAGCCAUUAAAUUUGUAAACAAUUUGG